ACUAGAAGAAUAAAAACCCUAGCCCAAACUUCCGCUUUGAUUCUAGGCUAGGGUUUCUUUUCUCUUAGCAAUUAGCAGGCAAUACAGAAUCAGAGUGAAGCAGCUAAGCUUGGAAUUCUUCCAUCAUGGGUCGUAUGCACAGCCGAGGUAAGGGGAUUUCUGCAUCUGCCCUGCCUUACAAGAGGACUCCACCUAGUUGGUUGAAGAUCUCCUCUCAAGAUGUUGAGGAUAACAUUUGCAAGUUUGCUAAGAAGGGUUUGACCCCAUCUCAAAUUGGUGUCAUUCUCCGAGAUUCUCAUGGGAUUGCUCAGGUGAAGAGUGUUACUGGCAGCAAGAUUCUGCGCAUACUGAAAGCCCAUGGUCUUGCUCCUGAAAUACCCGAGGAUCUGUACCACCUGAUUAAGAAAGCCGUUGCCAUCAGAAAGCAUCUUGAGAGGAACCGAAAAGACAAGGAUUCCAAGUUUAGGUUGAUCUUGGUUGAGAGCAGGAUCCACCGACUCGCCCGCUAUUAUAAGAAGACAAAGAAGCUGCCACCAGUGUGGAAAUAGUAGAAUUGCUCCACACGUGAAUCAGUGGAAGAUGACGACCACAGAAGGGAGGAAAAAACAAAAACCCAUUGGAAAUUUACUUAAAUUAAUCAGACGGCAUACAGAUGAGAUCUUUUAAUACGCUAUCAAAUUAAGACAGCCUGGGAUGUUGAUAAAAACUAGAUACCUCCUGGCUUGCAUGCUUACAUGAAAUAAGCUCCUAGUUAAAUCUAUAAUUGACUUGCAGGCUUCGAGGUUGUAAGGUUCCAAACUAGCCAUGAUGUACGUAAGGUGUGACUUCUGAAUUGGAUGUUAAUAAACUAUCCAACAAUGAAUAUAUCUCCAUAACUUGGGGAUGCGACUUAUCUUGCACAAAGAA